CAUUUAUCAUUGCUUUAUCAGUGCGUGAAAUGACAGUACAGAAACCAGAAUAAAAAUAAUGUUAUAUUCUUCACGUUAGGUGUAUUGAUUAUUUUACUAGGAGUAGUGGUGCGAAAUCAAUAGCAUAGAAAACGGCAAUCGGUCCGUUAUUUUAAAUAUAGUCUCGUGUAGUUCAAACUAUUAAGGAUAUGACUGGGAAGCGCUUGCUUUACCAAAUUCCACCUGCAAGUGAUACCUGCAAACAAGUUUGAUUCGUUUGGGAAGACUACCUGGCAAGUUUAUGCCCGGUCCAAAAAGCAGGUGGAAAACCGUCAACAAAAGCCAACAACUAUACACAAGAAACGAUCAGCAAUGUUUCGACUGCGGGUUAAAAUUUUCUACGUCUACAUAAUCAUCUCAUUCAUGCUCUCUGUUUACCUAUUCUAUUUGAUUUCGAAAUACUCGGUUGAAAAAUUCAUCAAUUAUCAGCGGAAUAUCAAAAGCAGCAAGUUUCAAAGCCGACCAAGAAUACCACAAAUUGUAGGCCAUUAUGUUGGAGCAGGAGUAGCCAGUAACGUAUCUAAAGAUUUCCUCAACACAAACAAUUUCUCGCCAAUUCCGGGAGCAGGAGAAAAUGGAGACCCGGUAGUGAUACAGGCAAGGGAUCUUCUAAAGAUGCAACAGUUGUUUCAACUGAAUCGCUACAACUUACUGGCCAGUGAUCGAAUCGCUUUAAACCGCUCAUUGCCGGAUGUCCGAAAGCCAAAAUGCCUGUCCAAAAUAUAUCCUUCUAAGCUGCCAACUACGUCAAUUAUUAUUGUCUUCCACAAUGAAGCGUGGUCAGUCUUGUUGCGAACCGUUUGGAGUGUUAUAAUCCGAUCGCCGCGGCAUUUGAUUAGAGAGAUACUGCUAGUAGAUGAUGCCAGUGAUAGAACAUUUCUGAAAACUGCACUGGAGAACUAUGUCCAAAAGCUUCCCAUUGCGGUCAGCAUCCUAAGGUUGAACAAACGCGAAGGAUUGGUGGCUGCUCGGUUGAUGGGUGCCAGAGUUGCUACCGGUGACACAUUGACCUUUCUGGAUGCUCACUGUGAAUGUUCCCCUGGCUGGUUGGAACCACUGUUGGCACGGGUCCAGGAGAAUCCCCAUAAAGUUGUCUGUCCGGUGAUCGACAUCAUUUCGGAUGAUAACUUUUCGUACAUAAAAAGUUUCGAGUUCCACUGGGGAGCAUUCAACUGGCAGAUGCACUUUCGAUGGUACACGCUGAGCGACGAGGAAUUGGCCGAAAGAAGAAAAGAUACUACGAUGCCUUUUCACACACCCUCAAUGGCGGGAGGAUUGUUCACAAUUGAUCGGAAGUAUUUCUUCGAUAUUGGAGGAUACGACGAGAAGCUGAAGAUUUGGGGAGGCGAUAAUCUAGAGAUGUCGUUUCGGGUUUGGCAAUGCGGGGGAGAAAUCGAGAUCGCUCCCUGUUCGCACGUUGGUCAUCUCUUUCGGAAGAGUUCGCCGUACACAUUUCCUGGUGGUGUUAGUGGGAUUCUCAAUGAAAAUCUUGCUCGAGUCGCUCUUGUUUGGAUGGAUGAUUGGGCGAAAUUUUUCUUCAAAUUCAACAAGGGAACCGACGAGUUUAAAAGUUUGAAUGUCUCCAAUCGAAUUGCUCUCAAAAAGCAACUGAACUGCAAAUCCUUCGACUGGUACCUGCGUAAGGUUUGGUCGCAGAACUUCUUUCCCGCUAGUAACAAGUUCUUCGGUCGGAUUCAACCCAUUGAUCUCAGUACGUUUGAUUAUCAAGAAUACAUAACUUUAAUGAAAAAGAUCAAUCUGAUCGUCAAAAAUCUCAACCCAGAGCUGAAGUGGAAAUUUCUCAUCAAGUAUCUAUCGGAAAACGUCAAAAAAAUUGGAGAGUCAAUGAAAAUCGCCAAACACAGCUCGUACUGUCUGCAGAAGCCCAAAUCCAAUUCACUCAUUAAUCAACCAUUUGGCCAAUCGUUCCUGAAAAAAUGCUCUUUACUGAUUAAUAUCCUCGACGAAGAAUUCGUGAUAGACGACUACGGUCGAAUCAUGACCGACGAAGGUGUUUGCUUGGACUCGUUCCGAAAAACUUCCGUGGAUGGUGAAAAGCAGAUCGAAGAGGAAAAGAAAAUCAAGAUGGUAAUCUGCGGAAGCAAUAAACCCGCUCAACGGUGGCUUUAUGAGGCAGACACCUUUCACAUUAGAAACAUCAACAGCAAUGACUGUCUGGAGCGGGGUUCCACACUAAUAAAGGACGACAGUGAGGACAAGUUCGAAGUGUUUCUAAACCCGUGUGACGUGAGAAAUGAACUGCAAAAAUGGAUGCUCUUCCCGGUGGCUUGGAAGUGAACCGAAGAUUUCGAUUCCGUCAAAGACCAAAUCAAAGAUAAUUAACGCACUAGUUAACAUCAAGCAACAGCACCUCAGCUACUACUACUACUCUACAACUACAACUGGGUUUCAACCAACGCGAGCUACUCAAUUCCGUUUCAUUGUUUUAUCAUAGAAGAACGUUGCGUCAUUCCGAUAGCACCCACUCAGUGUCCUAUCAUAACAGGAUGUAUGAUUAGUUUUGUAUAAGAAUUUUGUUAGACGUCAGAUUAGCUUUUGCUAACAUUUUAACGCGCAACUCAAUCGUUCCAGCAGAUAAAUGUACUUAAAUUUUUGUUCAUUAAGAUUAAGUUUCGAUCUGUGAUAUAAAAGCAUUCGAUAUCAACUAAAUAAAUAAGCAAUUUCUUCUAGUUCGUCAA